CUGCCUCUGCAUCAUUUUUUUUAAGGCACACCAAUGCAUCCUUCCCCUCCUUCCCUCCCCCUAAAACACCUCGGCCUGACCCCGGCCCUAACAAAAAGCCAACUACUAGUCACUGUCUGGGAACCUUUUAUCCCCUUUAUUUCUUUUAUUUUUUGGGACCUUUCUGACCGGCCAGGUUUUUUUGUUGUCCGCCCUUUUGACUCUCCACAAGGCCAAAUAUGGCCCCCGCCGCCCCUCAAUAUGGGCGAGAUAAAUUUUUUUUUCAGCCCAGGCCAUCUGUGGGGUGAAGAAGUCAUAAAUCUACAGUCCGAAAGGUGGGAGGAGCACAUAGAUAGAUAGAUAGAUAGAUAGAUAGAUAGAUAGAUAGAUAGAUAGAUAGAUAGAUAGAUAGAUAGAUAGAUAGAUAGAUAGAUAGAUAGAUAGAUAGAUAGAUAGAUAGAUAGAUAGAUAGAUAGAUAGAUAGAUAGAUAGAUAGAUAGAUAGAUAGAUAGAUAGAUAGAUAGAUUGUUGUUGUUGUUUACUAUAGGUAUGUCCUGAGAUUUUUCAGGGUCCACUGCCGUCAAAUCGUGGUAAUUUUCCUAAGCUGCAAAUCUUCAUUAGCUCCCUGAUGAACAUUUUUUUCUCCCCAAAUUAUCCCAUUACGUCUGACAUAAACAUCCCAGCGUGCCGCCUCUCAUUGGCUGGCUGAUUGACCACGUGACCCGCGCGGCCGUCUGUCUAUUUGACAGCCGCAGGAUGGCUCGAUGCCAGAGGGGGAAAAAGAGACAGAGAGAGGGGAUAGAAAGAAAAAUUAGUAUUCUCCUACUAGCUUCGCUAUAAAUCAAUCAUGGAGUCCUUCGUGGUGAGCUGUAAAUACGCGGAGCCGCAGUUCCCGCCUUGUGAAGAAGAUUACAGUAAUUUUAGUGACCAAGGGGGGUAUUACAACAACCCCCAGGACAGUGGCAGUUAUGCGGGGGGCUAUCAGCCAAUGCAGCCCCCUCCGCCUGCAUACGCAUCACAACAAACCGGCUACCAACUGUCUGUGCAGGGCCAUCACCGGGAGGAUGCAGAGGAGCGGCCGCAGCACCACACUACCACCUAUCCGGUGUACAGAGAGGCAGAUGGGCCCGAGAAGGAGAGGUUCCCUGCAGGCGAGCUGCAGUGCCACCAGGCCUGGAUGACCUGCGCCAAGCCCGCUCAGGUGCAGAGGAAAGCGGCCUGUCUGGGUAAAGACAAGCCGCCCAUUGUGGUCUACCCCUGGAUGAAGAAAGUACACGUCGCGCAUGUCAAUCCAAAUCACGUCGGCCCGGAACCAAAGCGGCUGCGCACGGCCUACACGCGCCAGCAGGUCCUGGAGCUCGAGAAGGAGUUCCACUUCAGUCGCUACCUCACGCGCCGCCGCCGGGUCGAGGUGGCCCACGCGCUCUGUCUGUCGGAGCGGCAGGUGAAGGUGUGGUUCCAAAACCGACGCAUGCGCUGGAAGAAAGACAACAAGCUGCCGAACACCAAAGGAAGGAGCAAAAGCAAGAAAGCGAUGGACAGCAACAAAAACAGCGACAGCAGCACCGUGAAGACGGCGAUAACAGUCUGAAAAGAGGCUGUUCAGUCCGAAAACAUUUGAGCCGCU